AUGAUUCCUAUCAGAACAUCUAAUGAAGAAGAAGAUUAUGAAGAGGUUUAUGCUACUCUAAGAGUAAGGAUCACUCCAUAUACUACUAACAGGAGGGAUGCCAAAAAGAAAAAUAUUAAAGAAGCAGUUUCAAUUCUAAAGGUUAAGAACCUUGAAGAAAAAUACCAUAUAUCCCCUCUGCUGUUAACCAAUUAG